GAGAAACGGACCGGAAGUGGCUCGGCUGUGCUUUACCUCCGCGGAGGGCAUUGGCGGACAAACGGUGUGACUGGUGUCCCGCAGCUAGUGCGAACUCGUGGUAUUUGUGUUGGGGACUUGCUGAAAGCUCCGCGGCGGCGCGGCGGCGCGGCGGCGUGACCUGAGUCCUACCCGACCACUUCCAUGCGGGGUUGGAGGCUGCUAGCUCAGGCUGGCACCCCGGUGCUGGGCUGUGGCGCCGGAGGCCUAGGUGCUGCCCCAGGCUUAGGGAGUAGAAAGAACAUCUUGUUCUUUGUUAGAAAUCUCCACAGCAAGAGUAGUACUUGGUGGGAUGAACAUCUUUCUGAAGAAAAUGUCUCGUUUAUUAAGCAACUGAUCUCCGAUGAAAAUAAAGCCCAGUUGUCAAGUAAACUGAAUCCCUUGAAAGAUGAACCAUGGCCUUUACAUCCUUGGAAACCAGGUUCUUCCAGAGUUGGCCUUAUCGCCCUGAAGCUGGGCAUGAUGCCUUUAUGGACCAAAGAUGGUCAAAAGCAUGCAGUCACAUUACUUCAGGUACAAGACUGUCAUGUGUUAAAAUAUACUCCCAAGGAAGACCAUGAUGGAAAAAGAGCCGCCCUGACAGUGGGCGGGAAAACGGGGUCACGCCUCUAUAAAUCUGACUCUAUAUUGGAAUUUUACCGAGAUCUUGGAUUGCCACCAAAACAGAAAAUUAAAAUCUUUCAUGUAACAGAUAAUGCUGUAAUUAAGCCAGGGACCCCUCUUUAUGCUGCUCACUUUCGCCCUGGACAGUAUGUGGAUGUCACAGCCAAAACUAUUGGUAAAGGUUUUCAGGGCGUCAUGAAAAGAUGGGGAUUUAAAGGCCAACCUGCUUCUCACGGUCAAACAAAGACCCACAGGAGACCUGGUGCCAUCUCAACUGGGGAUAUUGCCAGAGUCUGGCCUGGAACUAAAAUGCCCGGGCAGAUGGGAAACAAAGACAGGACAGUGUAUGGACUGAAAGUGUGGAGAGUGAACACCAAGCACAACAUAAUCUAUGUCAAUGGCUCUGUGCCUGGACAUAAAAAUUGCUUAGUAAAGAUCAAAGACUCUACGCUGCCUGCAUACAAGGAUUUCUGUAAGAGCCUGCCGUUCCCUACCUACUUUCCUGAUGGAGAUGAAGAAGAACUUCCAGAGGAUCUGUACGAUGAGAACGUGUGGCAGCCCAGCGAACCUUCCAUCACCUUUGCCUGAUGCCCUGGUGCGACAGGACUCUGCUCCGUGCACUUUGAUGAACCAGAUCACUAAUAGAACAGGAAUGGGAAUCGUAUUCCCUGUGCUCAGUCAUGAGAAUGCUCGUUUUUAUCAAAGGACACAAAUGAGUCACUCAGCCCUCACUUCAGUCUGAUUAGCAGGUUAUUGAAUUAAAAACUAACAGCCACAUAGACUGGGUUUGUUAACAUUGACAAGUUGUGAGGAACAAGAUGCCUGCCGUUUGUAGGUGUCAUCUUUAGACACACUUCCCAGGCUUGUUUUUGUUUUUAUAAACUUUUAUUAAAGAUUUAUCUCUCAA